GAUCGGAUCAGGGAUGGCCGGCAGCAGCCAGGACCGGAGCCUGCGGGAGGAGCUGACCUGUGCCAUCUGCUGCGAGCUGUUCAGCGAGCCCGUCAUGCUGGACUGCAUGCACCACUUCUGCAAGGGCUGCAUCCAGGAAUACUGGGACAGCUGUGCCCACGUCCCCUCGUGCCCGCAGUGCCGCCGCAAGUUCCCCAGCCGCGCUUUCCGCUCGCAUUACCUGCUCGCGGGGCUGGUGGAGAAGGUGCGGCGCUGCGGCUCCGAGGAGCAUCAGCAGAAGAUGCAGAAGCACCUGGAAGAUGCUUUGCAAGCUCGUCAGAAGGAGAUGGAGAACUUGGUGCAGAGGAAGCGUGUGGUGCAGGAGGACAUCUGCAGCCUGACGAAAGUGUCUGGGGAGCUGAACUUCAAGAUUCAGUCUGAGUUUGCUCGCCUUCAUCAGAUCUUGGAGGAAGAGGAGAGAGCUGUGCUGGCAGAGCUGGGUGAGAAGGAGGAGCGGUCACUGGCCCAGCUGCACAGGCACGUUGGCCAGCUGGAAGAGGGGAUGGAAGUGCUGCAGAGGGGCAUUGAGCACAUCAAGCUGACCCUGAGCAAGAUGGAAGAUGUGUCACUGCUGGAGGUGGAGAGCCUGGAUAUCAGGCCCUUGGUGCAUGUUGAGAUGCAGCCUGCCCUGGACCUGCAGCACUACAGGGACAGCCACAGUGGUCCCUUGCAGUACAUCUUCUGGAGGCAGAUGCUGCGCUCCAUCUGCCCUGCUCCUGCCCCACUCACCUUUGACCCUGAGUCAGCCCACCCCAACCUGGUCUUCUCCAGAGAUCUGACAGCAGUGACAGAGAGGAAUCAGGCCCAGCCUGUCCCCGUCAGCCCUCGGCGCUUCCGUCAGUGCGUCAACGUGCUGGGCUCGCAGGCCUUCGACAGCGGCCGGCACUACUGGGAGGUCUGGGUGGGCAGCAAAACCAAGUGGGACCUGGGGGUGGCUGCUGAGACUGUGGACCGGGCAGCCAAGGUCAAGCUGUGCCCAGAGAACGGCUACUGGACACUUCGCCUGCGGAACAGGACAGAGUACUGGGCCACUGCCACCCCCUGGGUGCGCCUGACUCCCCGCCAACCACCACAGAAAGUGGGCGUCUUCCUGGACUGCCAGGAGGGCACUGUCACCUUCUUUGAUGCUGGGAACAUGUCCCACCUCUUCACCUUCCACCAGGUCUCUGCAGAGAGAUACUGCCCCUUCUUCAGCACCUGCUUCAGUGACGGGAGGGACAACGUGGAGCCCAUGCGCCUCUGUCACCUGGCCCUGUGAGGGACGAGGGUGCCCUGGGGACACCAGCCUGGCUCCUGCCCGGGGCUGCACUGAAGGCCAGCUCUGCACACACAAGCCAUCGUGACGGGUGUUGGAGGAGCUGUUUUGGUUUCAGUUUUGGGAGGGAGGAGGGGAUGAGUUUCUUCCCAGGUCCCGUCUGCCCUCCCAUCCCUGUGCCAUGGUUGUGGUUGCCACAAGGCAUUCACAGAGGUUCCUGGCACCCCUAGAAGCACAACCUCCCAUUCCUGAGCACGGCACAGUUCAGUAACAGCAGCCACGGGGCUGCGGGGGCGGUGGCUCUGGGUUGCUGGCACCUCCUGCCUCUCUGUGCUCCCCUGGAGGACGGCAGCGGUCCCGGGGCACCAUUGGGUGCCUCUCCACUCCACAUCCCAACCGCGGGCAUCCUCUGCUGGAAGAGCUUCCCGGGGCAGGGCUGCGGGCCGGCAGCAGAGGGAGCCCGGUGCGCAGCCCAGGGACUGCAGCGCAGCUCCUUCACUUCGCUCUCUAUUAAAGCUCGUUAGAAAGCCA